AUGCCCUCCGCGAGUUCGUAUAAGAGAUUUUUGAGGUUUUCUGCUAGAUUUAUUCGAAAAAUCACGGAAUUACAGCUCAACGAGCGCCGGUGAUUACAAAAGACGGAUACUCGAGGAACAAAAACUGCGGGCCGACGUUUUGAAAAUCAAAAGGAGGACUUUUUUGAGGUUUAAUGGGAACAACAGUGGAAAAAGGAGCAUUUUUUAAUGGUUUUCUGGACAAAACCUUGGAAAGGAAAAUUUUUUGAGAUUUCGGGGGGAGAAAAAAGCGGGAGGAGCAGUUGAAAAGAAGAAAAAAUUAAUACAGUAUGAAAAAAAGAGAAUUUUUUUGGAGGUUUCAUAAAAAAAUUGAAAAAAAGCUGGAAAAAGGAGUUUUUGUAAGGGGGGCGGGUGAAAGAAAAUAAUCUUUUUCGAGUUUUUGUGGAAAAAGAGGGACUCUUAGAAUCUAACAUAAAAAAAACGUAUAGAAAAAGAGAAUUUUUUUCGGAGUUCAUUUUUGAAAAAGAAUUUAAAAAAAGAAGUAAUUUUUUUCGUGAAAUAAAAUGAAAAAAAUUGAGACUUUUUUUGAAGGUUUUUGUGUACAAGAAAAACAGAGAAAAAAAUAGAAUAUCAAACGCGGAUUUGCAGAAGCUUUUUUCAAAAAAAAGAGAAAAAUGAAAUUGAAAAAGUUUUUCUGACAGGUGGAGUUUUUUAGUCAUCGGUUUGAUUCCGCGGUUUAUUUUCAUUUUCUUUAUUAGAUGUUUUUUUUUUUUUAAUGAUAAUUUUUUUCGCCGAAUUUUUUUAAUCAAAAAAAUUGCUGUCGACGUCUCGAGCUUUUUGGGCUCCAUUGUCAAUUUUUUUGAGAGAAAACGUGUAAAUUUUUUUGCAAUUUUUUUCGUUCCGAAAAAAAUAACGUGAGAAGGCUUCAGACUAUUUUUGAAAGUAGAAAAAUUUUUUUCAGUUCAGAAUGUUUCCGAUGAAUAAAAGCUUGACGAUUCUUCGCCAUAUAGAAAUUUCAAGAAUGAAACAACAUUGGGCUUUUUGGACCGUUUUCGGUCAAUUUUCAGCUUUUAGAAAACCUUUUUUCAGAAAAAUACGACAAUUUAACAAAAUCGGUAUCACUUUGUUGCUCCUAAUGGCGAUGGUUCUGACCAUUUCUCUACUUGUGAAUUACCUUGGAAAGAAAACGGAUUAUAAGAAGUCUCAAGGCAAGUCUUCGUCCCAUUUUUUCUUUGUUUUCUAAAGCUCUCAAAAAGUUCUUUCAGGUACAGUAAUUUUGAAAAUGAAAUUUUUUUUGAGGUUAAGACUUCUAUUUUAGAAAAAAUUAAAGGUUCAGGCUUUUCCAUACACCAAUUUUCGAGGUUCAGGAUUCUUUUCUAGGCCUUCUCAAGGCUUUUUCUCGAGACAUAUUUUCAAGAUACAGUAUUUUUUCCAGAUAAAUUUUUAAGACUCAAGCUCCUUCCGAGACCAGACCACUUCUUUGUUGCGAUCACUUGUCGAAAAAAGGUUUUUCAGUGAAAAAGAGCAUGGAACUGAUCCCACCGCUGAGAAACCUGAAAUCAAUCAUCGCAUCCAACUCGGAGACGUGCGACGAGCUCGGCCGGUCGCUGUACAUCGACGAAGUCGACAACGAAGUCAUCAUGCCGCUUCUGGCCCUCUGUCUGUCUCUGUACGAACCUCAUCGAGGGUCUCUCGACUCCAAGAUGCGCACCAUCGUGUAGUGAGUUGUGUAGUCCAUUCCCCGCGACUUGACUCUUUUCGAGUGUCUGCGUCUCUCUGUUCUCUCGCCGCCGUGGUCAGAGAAUCAUGAAAAUAGCACGUCAAAAUGAGAGGGUUGCCGAGAGACGAGAAGGAGGCAGAGAAAAUGUGGUAUAAUAACUACUCUACAGAAAUCGUGCAAAGUGCAGUGCCUAUGCUGGCAUUCUGCAAAAAAAGUUACAUGCAUUCCGCAGAUCAGAGCUUUGCAUUUUGCCCAGAAGAACCUCGCAUUUUGCAUUUCUUUUUGGGCUCACUUUUAUACAUACGAAAAAAAGUGGAAAAUGCGAGGUACUUCUGUGCAAAAUGCAAAGUACUGAUUUGCAAAAUGCAUGAAGCUUUUUUGCAAAAUGCCGCCAUAGGCACUGCACUUUGCAAAAAUUUUGUAGAGUAGAAGGAAGGAAUCAAUCGCGAGCUGCACAAAUAGCGCAACAGGUUGUGUGCCUGUCUAUGGGCCGAACGCUCACAAGUUCGAUCUCCGCCGCGACCCAACCAAGGGGUUCAAUGUUGGUAGUGGGAAAAUCACAUUUUCACGUCACACAAAAAGACGGAUAUGUCGCUCCGAGCCGGUCCACGGAUAUCAGGAUAAGACUUCGGGUAAUCGACUUGGCUCUCAGUCGGUACAACUCAGCACGGAUGGCGCACGGUGCAUUCUGCUCUUUUGCACUCUGGUGCGAAACUAGAGUCUGCACCGUGCAGUUUUGGUGCUUUUUUGGUGUCGCACUGGUGCAGCACGCUAAAAGCACGGAUUUGACACCUUUGCACCAAAAAAUCACCUAAAUCGCACGGUGCAGACCCCAAUUACGCACCAGAGUGCAAAAAAGCAGAAUGCACCGUGCGCUAUCCUUGCCGAGAAACUCGGGCCGAUCGGGCAAAGUCGGGGUGAUGGGUAAUGACCGCUGAAAGGGUGGAUCAAAAAAGGCCGCAGAAAGAAAUAGAUCCGCCAAUUUUAUUUUUAAAGAAAAUAUGGAAUAAUCGAAUUUAUUCAAUGAAUCGGAAAUAUAGUCCAUUCACCUUGAGUUUACACAAUCGGGCCUGUCUGCGUCUCUUUUUUCUCACCUUUGAGGUCAGAGAAACAGGAAAAUAGCACGAAAACGAAGCGCAGAAAAAUUAAGAUGUUCCAAGCUAUGACGAAUGAAGUUUCAUGAAAAUAACUGUUGUUAGAAUGUUUUCUUUUGAAUUUCGAUUUUUUUCAGCACGAAUGGACAAGUAUCAGACAUGGCGUCGCCGGUAGAUACGGUCAGAAAAUUCGAUUGGUUUGACAUGAUCCGACAGUAUAACUAUCACAUGGCCAGCAGCGGUAGCGUCUUCUGCAUUGUCGUCUUUCGAAUCCAGAAGACGUUGCAGGUCCGGCGUCGGCCUACCACUCAUCCGGUGGCGUUCGCUUCAAAAGCGUCAUGCAACACCUCGGAAGCGCUUCCGAUGACGUCAUCUUGUUGGCACAGAUGCUUCUCGAAAACUACCUGAGCAUGAAGGCGCCGGUCAGCAAGUCUUUGGCCACGGCCAUCGAUCAGAACGAGAAUCUCAUCCUGAAUAUGGUGUAGGUUAUCAGAAGUACUUUUGAAAGAAUUUUAGUGGGAACAAAAAAAAAGAAAAAAAUUUGAGCUUUUCGAUGCAUUUCCGUGUGCUACUACUGGAACCGCGCAAAAUUUUGUCCAGAAUGGAUCAAACUUCCUAAGAAUGCGAGAGUGUCCCCUAGAGGGUCAACCUUAGAAGCCCUUGAAAGUUCCCUUGGUCAUAACCUAAACCCAUAAACAUAACAUAAACCCCUAGAUGGGACACUUGAAUUUUAGCUCUCUAGGGACACUAUUCUGUUGUCUAUAGACGCUGUUUUUCCCCUAACCCUUCAGGGACCUCUCUGCCAGUCUUGAGUUAACUUUGCUCCAAGACGGUGGCGUACACAAAGUUGCUUACCGUAAUCAGUUUUUAAACUAUUUCGGAAGACUUAGGUUACAGGAAGACUGGGAAAAAAGAAGAGAAAAGAAAUAAGAAAAUUUUUUAAAAUCAAAAUAUCAACGUUGCCUUUCAAAAGGGACAAAAAAAUGGUAAAAAAACUACGUUGAAAUUAUUAUUUUUUUAAUUUUUUUCAGACCCGUUUUUGUCAUUUUUUUGGUGAGAUAAUGCGGGAAGGCGAUGUUUUUUUCCAGUAAAGGUAUAUUUUUUUAAAACAACGUCCUUUUUUUCAUUUUUUUCACGGUUCGAAACAGUCUGACGUGUCUCCGCUCUCUUUUCUCUCUCUCGGAAAUUUAGAAAUGAGAAGUCAGACUGUUUCGAGUUGACAUUUAAACUUAAUUUUCAGCACCUCAAUUUUAAUAAGUCAAUAAUUUUCAGGACAUACUGUGGGAUUACACGAGGACCAUGAAAUUUCAAACUUUCUCUCAGGAUGUUAAUGUAAUUUAUUUUUUAAAAACCAAAAAUAAAUAUUUUUUUGCAGUCGCUCCGCGAAAGGGAAUCGGCGAAUAUUAAGUGUGAGAAUUUUUUUGGUUUCACUCGGAAAUUUUUAAAAAAAUCAAAUUCUCUUUCGAACAUUCAGGGUAAUACUUUUUAUCAGUGACUUUCAUCGAUGUCAAGAAAGAAUUUUUUUUCUCGAAAAAAACCACUUAAGGGUUUAAAAAUUCCAGCGCGCGAAAAGUAGUUUCUCGACGGUUGCGCUGAAAUAUAGGAAAACUUUCGGUUCGUUUUGGAAAAGCUUUUAGGGGCCACUUAAGAGGUUUAUCGAAGACUAUUUCACUAAGGUGGCCGCUAAAACCACUUCUGUAAAAAUUUAUAAGAUUUUUAGUGGCCCAGUGGUACCACUGAGACUUGUGAAGAGACCUCUAAACUUUAGUCAAUUAAGCGGCCACUAAGAAGUUAAAUCCCUCAGGUAGCUCCUGCUAGUAUUCCCAAAGGCUUAUCAAAAUACUUUUUAAUUCAAAACUGUUUUCAGUUUUCAGUAUUUUCAAAAAAAACCAAAGAACUAAUUUCUAGUCAUAAACCUUUAUCCUAGUUUAGAUUCAAUAAAAAAAAAUAAUAAUCAUUUUGUGCAGUCCCCUGCGACGAAGGCUCCUGGGAACUGAUAGGAGCCCAUAAAUCCGGCCUCCCGCUCGUUAAAACGUGUGGCGGCCAAACGAGCAUGAUCCCGAGUCCUUCCCACUUCGUCAUGAGUACUUUGAUGGGCAGAUGCACCGUGAGAUCCCAAGGCGACAUUGAAAGUUGGUCGAAUUUCUCAUUCACAAAAAUGGUCAUUUUACUCUGGAGAACCCUGAAAACUGUGUUGAAUAUAUUCUCAUGGAAUGACCGGGUAUCGGCUUCAAAUCAGAGUUCCUGCUCUGAAAAAUCAUUCAGACCAAGAAAACACACCGAUAAAAAAAUCAUUCGCAAAAAUUCGAUUUCCCAACCGAAAUCAUCAUUUUCCACCGCAGGAGCGUUUUGUGAUCAAAAUCUGCAAAUAAUACAUGACGAAAAAAAUUUGGUGACUACAGAGAAAAUUGUAAUUAGGAAGAAACAAAGAAAAUAGCGAAAAACCAGAAAAAGGCGGUGUUUUUGUCCAUAGAGCAACUUCACUGCAAAACGCCUUUUUGCCGGGAAAAUUACAUAUUUAUCUUGAACCCCGUUUUUUACUGCUCAUAUGCCUUUGAGGCCUCUGCAACAACUCUCAAUUUUUGAAUGACCACAAAAAAAACUUGGAAGCUUUGAAACCCGUCUCUCAGAAACUGCGCAAGUUGAAAGUUUCCAAGCCUCUUUUUGAAAUAUUCUCGGCAGUUUCCAGGAAAGUUCUCAAAGUGGAAGGACCUUUCUUGUCAGAAAAUAAUUUUUCUUUUAGAUGAAUAUAUCUACCCGGGUCAGCGUUUCAAAUCGAUUCUGUCGAUAAUUACGGAUUAUUCAAGGAAGCUCGUCUUUCGAGACGAUAUCCAGAUCAGGGUCUGAAUCCUUGUCUAAAAAGCCACGGCUUGAAAUAAUAGUCUGACCUGUCUGCGCUCUCUUUUCCCUCACUCGUCAGGUAGAACGAGAGACGACAGAGGUUUUGGGGAACUAUCGUUGUCUGUAGUCUCUUCAGACUUCGACGAUCUCUCUUUCUCUUUUUGUUCAAUUAUCACGAAAGCUAGGAGUAGAGAGAGCGCAGACAGGCUAGAAAUGAAUCAAUUCCUCACCGAAACUGAAAAUUGUCUGAUUUCUCUGCGACGAUCUCAUUUUUACGUGACACUAUAGGGUUCUGACGCUUCAGUUGCCGCUUGAGAGGCCAAAAUAUAGUGACCUCUUUAGAAGUCUCAGUAGUACUACUAGACCACCAAAGUUUUUGAGGAUUCUAUAGAGGUUAUUUUACUGGCCACCUUAGUGUCCUCUCCAAGUAGUCCUUGAGAAAUACCUUAAGUGGUCACUAAACCUUUUACGGUACUCUUUCAGCUGAAUUAUGACGAAAGAAGAAAAGAGAGCACAGAUAGGCUAGAAAUCUCAUCAAUUCCUCUCAUUUUUACGAGUUUUUAGCCAUUUUUUGAAUGAGAAGGUUUUCAUAAGAAUAGCCAGAGAGAAGCAAAAUAAAAAGGGAAUAAAAUAUGACAUCACCAGUGAGAGAAAAGAGGGCGCAGACUUGCCAGAUUUUUCGAGUCGUGGUGAAUAGACAAUAAGAGUAGUAGAAAAAACAAACUUUUUUAGUAUUCCCAUCCGAAACCCAACACGGCCAACAUGUUCAUUUACUCCGAUAUGGUGAGGGGUUUUACGGCGGUCCAUGUCUCGACGAUCGGAAGCCCGUGGGUAGUUCGUUAAAUUAUAGAAGAAUUUAUUUGUUUACGAAUCCCACACAAAUGUUCAGAUUUUGAAUGACAUUUUGAGAGAUCAAAAUUUGACAAUUGACUUCAAACGUUCUCUCAUUAUAAAUGAAAUGUUUCUCUGUCGGCUAAGAAGGAAAUUCGCUAUUUUUUGACAUUUUAACUUUUCAUUUAGCCAAAAUGUUAACAUUUCAUAUUGAAGAUGACAUGUUGUGAAAAUUUUGACCAAAAGAUUGGUCGAAAGAUCAUUUUUGCAGACUUUAGUGCCUACAGUACUUCUCACGUCGAGAUUUUAUUGCGCGCGAUGAUGAUCCUUUAAUAGCGCAACAUUUUUUGACUAAUUUUUCAAGCUUUUGGAUCAAACAUCUAUUGAAGGAUCAUCGUUAAGCGCGAUAAAACAUUGACACGAAGGUUACUGUGGCCGCAGGGGCGGAGUUAGCUGCUUGAAGUUUAAAAUAUGAACAGACAUUUGUCUUUUCAAAUCUCAGGAAGCUGUUCCGAUUCAAUUGCUCCGUAUUUUGAACCUCCGUUUUAUCUUCCAGAUUCGGAAGCCGCUUUCCGAUUGCCAGAAACUCGGCGGUCAUGCACAAUAACCUGAUGAGAUUCCAUCACUCGUUCAGGACGAGGCCGUUCAACAACGUCCUCUAUCCGUUGAUGGCCGUUUCGAAAAAGACUAAUGUUGGUUAGAUGAAGAAGAAAGCGUUUUAAUUUUCAAUCAAAAAGGGUUUUUGUAGAACAAAACGAGUUUCUAUCACGGAAAGAAUCGAAAAACGAAAAGUAAAAAAGAGCAGGAGCGAGAGAUCAACGGUAGCCUGGAGAGACGCCAUAUGGUGUGUCUGGCGACUCAUUGGCCGCCGUUGUCUCUCGUUUUUUAUUCCUCUUCAAAACGAAAAAGGCUUUUUGGCGUCUUUGAAGCGUUAAAACUUGACAAAUCAGCGGAAGGCGUUUAAAUUAUGCUAUUGGUUGGAAUAAGGCAAGUGAAUUUCAGCAAAGUUUAAGCGUUAUCUAAACUUUUUAUUUGUCGAGGGAAGUCCCCUCAAAAUCGAAGAAAUUUUUAAAUUCGUUGGAAUGGACUAUUUGGAGAAUUCUAAAGUUUAAUGGGAGAUAAACUUCUUUUCUCUUCGAAAAAAUAAUCAAUGAACUCACCUACAGUUCCCUUUCAUCGUGAUGGUCUCACCCGGCGGACUCGUCCUAACUCGCGCCCUGGGGCGAUUUUUCGACCUCAUCGAGACCGUCGCCUCGACGGAAGAUGUCGACGCGAGGGACUUUUCCCACAAACCCAUGUUCUAUGGGUUGCCCGUCGAUGAUGGCUUCCAACUCAUCAAGAGAGGUUUCGACUUGGUCAGUUUCAAGUCGCUUUGAGUCGGGUGCAUCGCGCGGCUAAGACGAUUCAAGUGAAUAAACUUUUCUAGGACACGGAGAAAAAGAUGGAACCUCUCAAGGCUACUCAUGAAGAGGCGCUGGAAACGGAACGAAUUUCGGAUGAGCUGAUCAUGGUUAAAUUGCGUUGUGAGUUAUGAAAGUGAUUGAAAAAGUCUGACCUGUCUGCGCCGCCUUUAUUCUCUCCGGAAAGGUUUUGAAAACCAGAUAACAAAGAGGCCAGACUUUUUAAAUAUGUUCGAAACGAGAAUAGAAAAUCUAUUCAUUUAGACGAGGAUGAUAUGCUCACGACGAGCGCGGAGAAGUUCAUCGAUUGA